CUUAGUCAAGACUCAAACAUGUCCAUCCUAUACGCACUCCUGGUCUGUCUACCAGCCUUGACAUUGGCGCAGCAAUUCCACCUUUACCCUUACAACCAAACAGCCGCAACAGGAUUCAGCCAUGUUGAUUUCAACCAUGAUGGCGUCUUCGACAGAAACGAACUAGACCACAUUUUCAGGGACAUUGACCACAAUCACGACGGCUCCGUCUCCUUCCACGAGUACAGCGAGAGCAUCAACGUCCACGGCCACGACCCCCACACCAACCACGUCCUCCACGCCUUGUUCGCAGCCUAUGACGUCAACAACGAUGACGUCGUCAACCAUCACGAUUACGACAUGUUCUUCGCCCUGAGUGACAGCAACGACAACAAUGUUGUAGAAAAAGACGAGUUUGUUCACUACGUCUCCAUCAUAUUCGAGAUAGCUGAUUCCGUCUAAAACUUUGCUGAAAAGGACAUGUCAUUUAAACCAUGGGCUUAGACAUCUAGUAAAAUUUGAACCAGCCUGCACAUGUAAUUAUAA